AAUCUAGGAGCUAAAAUCGACUGUUUCAAAUGGAGAAAUCCAGCACUGUAGAUGUGUGUGUGUGUCCGCGCAUUUAUAUAUGUAUAUAUGUGUAUAUAUUUCGACGUGACUGAAGCUUGGGUUCGACGAAGAUACCACUACUGAGCUAUCUCACAGCAGCUGGUUUUGCUCCCGCAGAUUUGCCACCUUAAAAGCAGGAAGAGGCGAAGAUUCCCAGAUUCUAUUUGCUUUCUGGUGUUGGUGAUCCGUCGCCGAGAAGGGAUUGGAAAGGGAAUGGAUUGGUCUCCGAAGUCGGUGGACGAGGUGGUGGAGGAGAUCAUGCGAAUUCACAGAUCUCUGCCGGCGAGGCCUGGAAUUGACGAGGUUGAGGCGGCGAAGACAUUGAUCCGGAACGUGGAGAAGGAAGACCAGGCGAGGCUCGAGGCCAUUGCGAGGCAGAGGAAGACUCCCCGCGUGCCGGAAGAGCUGUUCAUGGUGUUGCAAGAGAUGCAGAAGAACUUGGUUCAUUUUCAGAGCAAGGAACAGAAGAAAGAGGCCCUGAAAUUGCUCGAUCUGGAGAACGUCCACUCGGUGUUCGACGAUUUGAUCCAGAGAGCCUCCAAAUGCCUUUCUUCGCCGUCAGAGUCAAAUUCCUUCCUAGCCGCUUACUCCGUCGCUUCUAAUUCUUCCACGGAUUCAAGCAGUUUGUCUGUUUCUAAUUCAGCUUCACUUUCACUUGGUAGUUUGAGUUCAGUUGGUACAGUUGCCGCCUCGUCUUCAGGCUCAUGCUAUGACAAAGAGCCUGCUAAACCUUCAGAACUGUUUAGCAAGGACGAUAGUUAUGUGAAAAAGGCAAAGACAACGUUCUAUACUGACGGAAUUGGAGUUGGCCUUCGAUCUGGAGAUGCUUUAAAAACCCAGAUUUUAGAUUCAUCUUUAAAAUCUCCGAGCACCUCAGGUCAAGAUGGUGAAAAAUUGAGUCUAAUAAAGCUUGCUAGUUUAAUUGAAGUGUCCUCAAAGAAAGGGACUCGGGAUCUCAAUCUGAGGAACAAAUUGAUGGACCAAAUUGAAUGGCUUCCCGAUUCAAUAGGGAAGUUGUCUAGUUUAAUCACCCUAGAUUUGUCUGAUAAUCGAAUUGUGGCUCUUCCUGCAACAAUUGGAGGCCUCUCAUCAUUGACGAAAUUGGAUUUGCGUUCAAACAGGAUUACCGAACUCCCAGAUUCCAUUGGAGAUCUCCUUACGCUGGUUUUUCUUGACUUGAGUGGGAACCGGAUAACUUCCCUGCCUGCAACCUUUGCUAGAUUAGUCCGUCUUGAGGAGCUUGAUUUGAGCUCAAAUAAUCUCCACGCACUUCCAGAGUCAAUUGGAUCACUCAUUAGUCUAAAGAAAUUGAAUGUAGAGACUAACAAUAUUGAAGAAAUUCCGCAUGCCAUUGGUCAGUGUUCCUCGCUCAGGGAGAUUCGUGCAGACUACAAUAGGCUUAAGGCCAUUCCAGAAGCUGUAGGACGAAUUGCGUCCCUGGAAAUACUGUCUGCGCGGUACAAUAACAUCAGGCAAUUGCCUACCACUAUGGCAUCCUUGUCAAAUUUGAAGGAGCUUGAUGUAAGUUUCAACGAGCUUGAAUCAGUGCCCGAGAGCUUAUGUUUUGCUACCACGCUUGUCAAGAUGAACAUUAGCAACAAUUUUGCUGAUCUUCGAUCCCUACCAAGGUCCAUAGGGAACCUUGAGUUGCUUGAAGAGUUGGAUAUUAGUAACAACCAGAUAAGAACUCUCCCAGAUUCAUUCAGGAUGCUAUCACAAUUACGCAUUCUGAAAGUGGAAGGGAAUCCAUUAGAGGUGCCGCCAAGAAAUGUAGCUGAGAUGGGAGCACAGGCUGUUGUUCAGUAUAUGGGUGAACUGGCUGCAAAGAGGGAUGCCAAAUCGCAAACAGUUAAGCAGAAAAAGAGCUGGGCUCAGAUAUGCUUCUUCUCGAAGUCAAACAAACGGAAGCGCAGUGGUGCAGACUAUGUGAAAGCUUGAUUUACCGAUUUUCACAAGAAUACGUGACAUUGUACUUCUGCUGGGAAAAUUGAGCUGUUAGUGGGCAGGAAGAAGGCUGAAUUUGAUCCUUUAUAUGGGAAUGGCUUUCUAGAUAAGGUUCUGGUCUUUGCUUAUCAAAUUGUAAAUUUUUCCCAACAUUUCAUCCUUUUCUUUUAGUUUUUUAUUUCUUUCGUUUGUUAUUGAUCUAAAAUGAGAUGUACAUUUGACUCUAAACGGCAAAGAAAGGGAAAUGUUGUAUUCAGGUUCCCUCUGCAUUUAAUCAUAAAAAAUUGGGUGAUGAUGAGUUACCUUCCUCA